AAAAAAAUCAUUUGGAAAGCGCAAGCGUACUGCAAAAAAAUCCUUGCUCAUCUCUCUCUCUCUCUCUCUCUCUCUCUCUACCAGGUACUUUGAGACUUGAUUGUCGGUUUAGUUCAGAUGAAUGGUCUUCACUAUAUUCCCAGAUCCUCCUCUGCUUUGCCUCUGCAAAGCUUCCACGCCCAUUCAAGAAAUCCUUCAUCUACUAUCACUUCGCUGGCUGUGAUGAAGGCCACUACUGAUCUUCCCCGUCUUGUUAGCGUGAAGGCAGUUUCUAGUUCUACAUCCAGCACCGAGAUGGAAAAUGCUGAUGCUGAGGAGGAAAAAUCCGAAAUUUAUAGUCACAAUAUGACUGAAGCUAUGGGUGCUGUCUUGACAUAUAAGCACGAACUGGGAAUGAACUACAACUUCAUUCGUCCAGAUCUGAUUGUGGGGUCAUGCCUACAGACUCCUUAUGAUGUUGACAAGCUCCGAAGUAUAGGAGUGAAAACUAUUUUUUGCUUGCAACAAGAUUCAGAUCUUGAAUAUUUUGGGGUUGAUAUCACUGGCAUUCGUGAAUAUGCCGACACAUAUGAUGACAUUCAACACUUGCGUGCUGAAAUAAGCAGGGACUUUGAUGCAUUUGAUUUGCGGAUGCAGCUUCCAGCUGUGGUGAGCAAAUUACACAAGGCCAUUAGUCGCAAUGGUGGUGUAACUUAUAUACAUUGUACAGCAGGACUAGGAAGAGCUCCUGCAGUUGCAUUGGCACACAUGUUUUGGUUUGAUGGCUACAAGUUAAGUGAUGGCCAUAGUUUACUAUUGAGCAAGCGUUUGUGCUGCCCAAAACUGGAUGCCAUAAAAAGUGCAACUGCUGAUAUUCUUACAGGCCUGAGAAAAAGGCUCGUCACUUUGACAUGGAAGGGUAGCAAUUGUUCCACUGUGGAAGUCUCUGGACUUGAUAUUGGUUGGGGUCAGAGAAUGCCUUUGAAAUACGAUAACGAACAAUGUUUGUGGAUUCUUCAGAGGAAAAUGCUGGAAGGACGCUAUGAAUACAAGUAUAUUAUUGAUGGUGAAUGGACUUGCAAUAGUUAUGAGCUUGUAACUCCUGCCAACAAAGACGGCCAUGUCAACAACUAUGUUGAGGUCUUCGAUAGUGAUCCAAAUAGCAUUUCUGCAGCCUUGUGGAAGAGGUUGAUGAGCGAUGAUCCUUACCUUACGGAGAAUGAACUACUCAAAAUAAGGCAGUUUCUUGAAGCUUGUACAGAAGACUGAAGAGGAGUGAAUUACCAAUGCAAUACAAAUUUAUACUUGUGAAAGGUAAAGCUGUGUGUGUAUAUAGUUUCAAUAACCAUUUUGUGUAAUUACUUUGAUUUAUAAAAUAAAAAUCAAAUAUAGCUCAUAUUUCAUAUAAACAAACUCUCAAAGUGAGAUAAAAACCUCAAAUAAAAGUACGAGAAUACGAUUUACAC